AUGGACCCUAAGGCAACAAGCGCGGUUCAGAUGUGGAAACAUACAACACCGUCUACUAUUGGUGAUGUUCGAAAGCUGGUGGGUUUGCUAGGUGUUUACCGUAGGCAUAUUAAGAACUUCUCACAGCAAGCAAAACCAAUCUACGAUCUGUUGAAGGAAGAAAACGGUAAAGUUGGAGAGACAAAGAACGUACGAUCUUCUCGUAAUCUAGUGCAGUGGACCUCAGAACAUCAGAAAGUCUAA